AUGGCUCCUGAGCCACUUCUGAGCACUAGGGCCCAACGGGCCUUCAUCGGCACCAUUGGUCUUCAGGCGAUAAUAGUGCUUGUCAUGGUCUCAAUCACAUUCAAAUUUGUCGAAGAGCAUGUUGAUUUGACGAUCCCAAGAUACAAGACGUUGCCGUGUUAUCUGGCGCUAUUCAUUCUUGCCGAGAUAUUCGAGAUGUUUAUGGCGUUGGAUGCACUCAGGUUGCGCAAUGUCAUUCAGUUGAUCGGCAUUCUAAGCUUUCAUGCAGCUAUGAUUGUGAUGGCUGCUCUGCAAAUUCAUGAGACACACACUGCGUUAUACGAACAACCGAAUUCUACGUCAUACUAUAACCCAUACGUUAACGGGGACGGACCAGGGACGCUCUGGAGGAAGAUCGAACCAUUUCUCGUUGUCACGCCUAUCAUCAUUGCCUUGUCCUGGGUAUGUCUAGUAUUUUUGUUCCGGGAAUUAUAUCAUGAGUUCGGCUGGGCGAUCUUCCACGUUGUCGGCGCAAAUCCUGUCAUGAAGACAAUGUACCAAUACUACCAAAUCAUGAUAUGUCUGCUCAAGUUCGACUUCUUCGCCUUUAUCGGUGUAACAAUGCAGCUUCUCAUUGUUGUGCUCAUAGAGAGUACUGCUGAGUUUGGACUCACAAUUGCUGCAAUCCCAGUGACAUUAGUGCUUCUCAUCAUGGCGGGUGCAGCGGUGCAACGAGAGAUCAAAUCCAUAAUGAGCAUCUCGCUUGUCCUCAUGUUGGCAUCCCAAGUCUACUUGACAGGCGGUCUCUUUGCGCAACUCGUUGUCAUGUCUUCCUCAGUUUACAAGCUUGUGCGUUUCUACGCGCCAAGCUCAGAAGACCAAUAUAUCACAACACGAGCGACACUUACUGUCUUCACAAUCGUCGCUUCAUUGCUGCUCUUUGCAACAUUUGGCGUCGGCGUUCGGUGUUUCGCCGACUUUGACAAGGGCCUACAGAGCUCAAAGAUGCAUGGUCAGUACUACAAGCCUGUUGCAACGCAACUCCGCGAGAACCUUUUUGGUAAUUAA